AUGGAAACUGGAGAUUAUAAUUCGAUAGGUUCAAAUCGUACAACUAAUGAUGAUCAACAACAACAGCAAGACGGAAGAAGAAAUCGAAAAGUUGAUUAUCGAUUUUUAAUUCCAUCUCGUGAUGCUGGAGCAAUCAUUGGUAAAGGUGGAAAAACAAUACAAGAUCUUCGCUUAAAACAUCAUUGUCAAAUUCAAAUGGCUGAUUGUGAAUCACCUGAACGUGUUUUAAUUAUAAAUGGUGAUCAAAAAGAUAUACUUAAUUGUAUAUCAGAUAUACUUUUAAGUAUUUAUGAAAAUCAUCAACGAUCAACAAAAUCUGAUCAAAGUGAAAUUCGUGCAUUGAUUCAUCAAUCACAAGCAGGAGCUUUAAUUGGUAAAGGUGCAUCAAGAGUUAAAGAAUUUCGAGAAAAACAUAAUAUCGAUGUUAAAAUUUAUCCCCAAUGUUGUCCUGGUGGUUCAACAGAACGAUGUAUUUCAAUGAGAGGAAAUAAAGAUGAUGUUAUAAGAUGUUUAACUGAAGUUUAUAGUGUACUUGAUGGUGUACCACCACGUGGACCUUAUCGUUGUUAUGAUCCAUCAACAUAUAAUGGUUUUAAUAUUUCCGAUUAUGGAGGCUAUGCUGACAAUCAUCAACAUUUACGUGGCAAUAAUCCCUAUGGACAACCACAAGGUUACCCGCAAUAUGGUGGUGGAUAUAAUCCAUUACUUCAACAAAGUGGACCAGUAACAACAACACAAGUAACCAUUCCAACAGAAUUGGCUGGUAUAAUCAUCGGAGCAAAAGGUUCAAAAAUAUCACAAGUUCGACAAGAAUCAGGAGCAUCAAUAAAAAUUGAUUCUGAACCAAUGCCUGGUACCAACGAUAGAUUAAUAACAAUAACAGGUAAUCCAAGUCAAAUUCAACAAGCACAAUUUCUUCUUCAACAAGCUGUUCGACAAUCUGGAUUAUGGAAUCAAUGA